CGCAUCAACCAGGUGCUCAGCAUGGCAGAUACCGAACCCACUCCCGCCGACGGUGAACCCAAAAUCUCCAAGCGCGCGGCCGAGAAAGAGGCGAAGAAGGCAGCGGCCAAGGCAAAGAAGGAGGCAUCGAAACAAGCCGCCCCGGCCACGCGAGCUGCCGCCGAACCCGUCGAUCCGUUCAAGCAAGGCUGGUUGAAGGGAGUAUACAACGAGAAGCCAGUCGCCGACGUCCAGACUCGAUUCCCUCCCGAACCCAACGGCUACCUCCACAUUGGCCAUGCCAAAGCGAUCACCGUCAACUUUGGAUUCGCCCGAAGCUACGCCGGUCGAUGCAACCUCCGAUAUGACGACACCAAUCCCGCGAAAGAGGAGGAGCAGUUCUUCACGGCGAUCAAAGAUAUGGUGAACUGGUUGGGCUUUGAGCCCGCGCGCAUAACACACAGCUCCGACGACUUUGACCGCUUGUACGACCUGGCGGAAGAGCUGGUACGGCGAGGCAAGGGGUACGUCUGCCAUUGCUCCGCUGCCGAAGUGAAGCGCGGGCGAGGCGGUCCCGAGCAUGGCCCGCGCAGCGUAUGCAAGGAUUGGUCGCGCACCGUGGAAGACAACCUGCAGGAUUUCCGAGCGAUGAGAGAUGGCAAAUACAAGGCGGGUGAGGCGCAUCUUCGGAUGAAGCAGUAUCUUGGGUCCAAGCUCAAAGGUCUUGCGGAGAAUCCGGCGUUGUGGGAUGUGGCUGCGUACCGCGUCAAGGAUGAGAACUACCACCACCGGACCGGUCACAAAUGGAAGAUUUACCCGACGUACGAGUUUACGCAUUGUCUGUGUGACGCUUUUGAGGGCAUUUCGCAUUCGUUGUGCACGGUGGAGUUUGAAACGCUGAGGCCGGCGUACAACUGGUUGCUGGAGGCCUUGGACUUUAAACAGCCGGCGUCAGAUGAAAAGGGGCCAAUGCAGAGGGAGUACGGGCGGUUGAACGUGGAAGGUACCAUUCUAUCGAAGCGGAGGAUUGCGAUGCUGGUGGAAGGGACGACUAUCCCUCCUGUCGUCCGCGGAUGGGAUGAUCCACGCCUCUACACCCUCGUGGCACUCCGGCGAAGAGGCGUGCCGCCUGGUGCCCUCAAGAAGUUUGUUCUCGACCUCGGUGUGACGAAAGCGAUUGCAAACACCGCGACACACACCCUCGAUGCUUCGAUUCGGACAUAUCUCGAACGAACGGUGCCCCGUCUCAUGCUCGUUCUCGAUCCCAUCAAAGUCGUGUUUGAGAACCUGCCCGACGAUUAUCUUGAGGAGAGAGAGGUUCCCUUUGAUCCCAAGGACAAGGAGAAGGGAACGCACAAAGUACCCUUUACCAAAGUCAUCUACAUUGAUCGUGACGACUUUCGGGAAGAAGAUGAUCCGGAUUUCUUCCGCCUUGCACCAGGCAAGAGCGUGGGCUUGCUCCAUGCAGAACAUCCCAUCUCCUGCACUUCUUUCACCAAGGAUUCCUCGAACAAGGUUGUGGAGAUCAAAGCAGAGUACGGUUCCCACCUUUCCCCCGGCAAAGCCCGCAUACACUGGGUCGGUCAGUCCGCAGCGUACCACUCCCCCAUCAAAGCCGAAGUGCGCAUCUUCCACCCUCUCUUCAAGAGCAGCAAGCCCAACGAGCUCGACUGGAAGAGUGGAGGCUACUACGACAAUGUCGAUCCCAAGUCGGAGAUUGUGCAUCCCGACGCCAUGAUUGAGUGUGGGUUUGAGUACAUCAAGAAGAAUGCUCCAUGGCCGAAGGAGGAGGGCGAGGCAAAUGGCAUGGCAGCAAAGAGCAGCGUCAGGUUCCAGGGCUUACGGACAGCAUUCUUUGCAAUGGACAGCGACUCGGAUGAGGCGUCGGGGAAAGUGGUGCUCAAUCGCAUCGUCAGCUUGAAGGAAGACUCGGGAAAGAAGUAG